UGUCGAAAGUAAUAUUACAGUUGGCAAAAGGUGAGAUUAGAGCACCUUUCUGCAGAAGGCGCACCUGUUGCGCGCUGCUCGGCUGCAUUGUCUGCGAAAGUGGGUGACGCCUCACUGUGAAUUUUGGGGGUCCCUAAAGGUCUGGGUCGCAGUCUACCCCCUCCUCUCCCCUCCCCUAUCCACCCACUACGUCGUCCUUUGCACGUGGGCACUGCAAGGAAAGAAGGGAACACAGGACGUACCCACUCCCUACCCAUGUGUGUGUGUGUGUGUGUGAGUGAGAGAGAGGUGGGGGCGGGGAGGGGAAAAGGGAAGAGAGAGAGUAGGAAUGCCAGAAGAGGAGGCCGCGGACAGGAAAAGGAAGAAAAGGACGAUGUAACGGGCUGGGGAAAUCCCACCCUAACUGCCCGAGCUCUCCGAGCGUCUCGUGUCGUGGGGCUUCUGCAUGCGCUUCGGCUAAUGGGGGUGACAGGCGUGGGUGGGUGAGGUUAGGGCGCUGCCCGGCACACCCCAGCCUCUGCGAUUCCAGGUGCUGCCCAGGUGCUGGCUACCUGGCCCACGCCAGCCCUCCCUUGCGCCGGGGCUUUUGUUGCACCCUCCCCCACGCUUGAGGGGCCGGGUGGCAGCGGUGGUGCGCGGGUUUGGGGGAAGGUGAGGUGAGAUGUCGCGGCGCUUGCGGGCUGCGCAGACCCGAGUGAGGAGGUCACACCUCUUUCGGAAAAAAAAAAAACAAGAAACAAACAAAAAAAACCCAAAACCAAGCUGGCUACCAAGGUGAACCCAGAACGGUUCCCACCUUAAAAUCGGCCCUGCUCGUGACGUCAGGUCGGAAAUAUACCAAAGCGAGCGCGGGCCAGGAGUCCGGGGAGCGCGGCCGCGCGGCGAUUGGGCGGCGGGCCGCUGACGCGCGCUGACGCGCGGAGACUUUAGGUGCAUGUUGGCAGCGGCAGCGCGAGCCACAUAAACAAAGGCACAUUGGCGGCCAGGGCCAGUCCGCCCGGCGGCUCGCGCGCAGCUCCGCGGUCCUGCUCGUCCGCCCAGCCGGCCGCCUUCCCCUGCUCCCUCCCGGCUCUCGGCGGCUCGGCUCCAGCGGCUCCGCAGUUCACUCCUCCCCGACCCUGCCACCCGGACUCCCAGAGGGAACUACACUUCGGCCGAGUUGAAUGAAUGAAGAAAGACGCGGAGAACUCUUAAGUGAGUAGGGAGGACAUCAGACAGGCUGGACUCCCCAUUGCUUUUCUAAAAAUCUUGGGAAUUUUGUCCUUUCUUGAAUUACGACCCUGUCCACCUUUAAUUUCCUCGAAAACGCCUGUAACCCGCCUGAAGCCAUGCCUUGUGUUCAGGCGCAGUAUGGGUCCUCGCCUCAAGGAGCCAGCCCCGCUUCUCAGAGCUACAGUUACCACUCUUCGGGAGAAUACAGCUCCGAUUUCUUAACUCCAGAGUUUGUCAAGUUUAGCAUGGACCUCACCAACACUGAAAUCACUGCCACCACUUCUCUCCCCAGCUUCAGUACCUUUAUGGACAACUACAGCACAGGCUACGACGUCAAGCCACCUUGCUUGUACCAAAUGCCCCUGUCCGGACAGCAGUCCUCCAUUAAGGUAGAAGACAUUCAGAUGCACAACUACCAGCCACACAGCCACCUGCCCCCCCAGUCCGAGGAGAUGAUGCCGCACUCCGGGUCGGUUUACUACAAGCCCUCCUCUCCCCCGACGCCCACCACGCCAGGCUUCCAGGUGCAGCACAGCCCAAUGUGGGACGACCCAGGCUCCCUCCACAACUUCCACCAGAACUACGUGGCCACAACUCACAUGAUCGAGCAGAGGAAAACGCCCGUCUCCCGCCUCUCCCUCUUCUCCUUUAAGCAAUCGCCCCCCGGCACUCCCGUGUCUAGCUGCCAGAUGCGGUUUGACGGACCCCUGCACGUCCCCAUGAACCCAGAGUCAGCGGGCAGCCACCACGUAGUGGACGGGCAGACCUUCGCUGUCCCCAACCCCAUACGAAAGCCCGCGUCCAUGGGCUUCCCAGGCCUGCAGAUCGGCCACGCGUCGCAGCUGCUCGACACGCAGGUGCCCUCGCCGCCGUCACGGGGCUCCCCCUCCAACGAGGGGCUGUGUGCGGUGUGCGGCGACAACGCGGCAUGCCAGCACUAUGGCGUGCGCACUUGUGAGGGCUGCAAAGGUUUCUUUAAGCGCACGGUGCAAAAAAACGCGAAAUACGUAUGUUUAGCUAAUAAAAACUGCCCAGUGGACAAGCGGCGCCGGAAUCGCUGUCAGUACUGCCGGUUUCAGAAGUGCCUGGCUGUUGGGAUGGUCAAAGAAGUGGUUCGCACGGACAGUUUAAAAGGACGGAGAGGUCGUUUACCCUCGAAACCGAAGAGCCCCCAGGAGCCCUCUCCCCCUUCGCCCCCGGUGAGUCUGAUCAGUGCCCUCGUCAGGGCCCAUGUCGACUCCAACCCGGCUAUGACCAGCCUGGACUAUUCCAGGUUCCAGGCGAACCCUGACUAUCAGAUGAGUGGAGAUGACACCCAGCAUAUCCAGCAAUUCUAUGAUCUCCUGACGGGCUCCAUGGAGAUCAUCAGGGGCUGGGCUGAGAAGAUCCCGGGCUUUGCUGACCUGCCCAAAGCUGACCAGGACCUGCUUUUUGAAUCGGCUUUCUUAGAACUGUUUGUGCUGCGAUUAGCAUACAGGUCCAACCCAGUGGAGGGUAAACUCAUCUUUUGCAAUGGGGUGGUCUUGCACAGGUUGCAAUGCGUUCGUGGCUUUGGGGAAUGGAUUGAUUCCAUUGUUGAAUUCUCCUCCAACUUGCAGAAUAUGAACAUCGACAUUUCUGCCUUCUCCUGCAUUGCUGCCCUGGCUAUGGUCACAGAGAGACAUGGGCUCAAGGAACCCAAGAGAGUAGAAGAACUGCAAAACAAGAUUGUAAAUUGUCUCAAAGACCACGUGACUUUCAAUAAUGGGGGGUUGAACCGCCCCAACUAUUUGUCCAAACUGUUGGGGAAGCUCCCAGAACUCCGUACCCUUUGCACACAGGGGCUACAGCGCAUUUUCUACCUGAAACUGGAAGACUUGGUACCACCACCAGCAAUAAUAGACAAACUUUUCCUGGACACUUUACCUUUCUAAGACCUUCUCCCAUGCACGUCAAAGGAACUGGAAAGAAACUUAAACCUGUCAGAGGGGCAAGUCACAAAGGGCAGAGAUUUCCUCCUGAGCUGCUGCAGCUCUAGCUGGCUCCCACCCCCUCCAUAAAACCCCUAACCCCUUGAUCCCUAAACAAACAAAUAAGCAAACAAACAGAAAAACAACAAAAACUGUUGCUAUUUCCUAACCUGCAGGCAGAACCAGAAAGGGCAUUUUGGCUCCGGGGCAUCCUGGAUUUAGAACACGGACUGCACCCAAUACACUGGUAUAAACUUUUUAUUAUUAGUUUAAAACUCAGUUUAUUGUUCAGGAAAAAAUUCCUAAUGUAUGAUGGGAAAUGUUUGACCAUGUUUGGUUGUUGCAGUUGAGACAAAUGUAACACACACACGCAUACACACACACACCAUAAGGGGACCCACAUGUAUUGCCCUUAAAGACUUCAAAGUUUUCUGCUGUAAAGAAAGCUGUAAUAUAUGGUAAAAUUAAAUGUUCCGUGGGUGGCAUGAGUUGAAGAAGGCAAAGGCUUGUAAAUUUACCCAAUGCAGUUUGGCUUUUUAAAUUAUUUUGUGCCUAUUUAUGAAUAAAUGUAAAAAAAUUCUAAAAGAUAAGUGUGUUUGCAAAAAAAAAAAUAAAUAACUACACAAAAAAGGGAAAAGCAUGUUUGAUCCUAGGUCGAAAAUGUUAUAGGCACUUGCUACUUCAGUAAUGUCUAUAUUAUAUAAAUAGUAUUUCAGACACUAUGUAGUCUGUUAGAUUUUAUAAAGAUUGGUAGUUAUCUGAGCUUAAACAUUUUCUCAAUUGUAAAAUAGGUGGGCACAAGUAUUACACAUCAGAAAAUCCUGACAAAAAGGACACAUAGUGUUUGUAACACCGUCCAACAUUCCUUGUUUGUAAGUGUUGUAUGUACCGUUGAUGUUGAUAAAAGAAAGUUUAUAUCUUGAUUAUUUUGUUGUCUAAAGCUAAACAAAACUUGCAUGCAGCAGCUUUGACUGUUUCCAGAGUGCUUAUAAUAUACAUAACUCCCUGGAAAUUACUGAGCACUUUGAAUUUUUUUGUUUUUUUUUAAUGUCUAAAAUUGUCAGUUAAUAUAUUAUUUUGUUUGAGUAAGAAUUUUAAUAUUGCCAUAUUCUGUAGUAUUUUUCUUUGUAUAUUUCCAGUAUGGCACAUGAUAUGAGUCACUGCCUUUUUUUCUAUGGUGUAUGACAGUUAGAGACGCUGAUUUUUUUUUCUGAUAAAUUCUUUAUUUGAGAAAGACAAUUUUAAUGUUUACAACA